GUUCCUCACUGUUUGAUGACUUGAACAACUUAGUUGAUGUUGAUGGCGAUUUAUUUCAAGAUGGAGAAUGCAGUAUCUUUGCAGACAAUUUUGAUAAUCUGGACUUUACUACAGACCUAAUGUCUUGGAAUGCUCACCAAUUAAAUGAGCAAUGUUUCACAGGUGAUUGGAACAAUCCAGAUCCCCUGUCUUGUGCAUCUUCCAGCUGUUCUGUUCAGUCUCCUUUGUCUGUUGAUUCACCACCCUCUUCAUCACAGUUUGUGCCGGAAGAGACUGAUAUUUCCUCCAGUGUUCAAAUGUCACCAGUCUCCUUAUACUCUGAAGCUUCUAGAAGUCCAGUUCACCAGAACAGUCUGACGAGAAUCUUGUAGUCGCAACACCCACUAAAAAUAAUGCACCAGUAAAGAAGAGAAAACUUCCACCUGUGGUGCCAAAGGCAGCUAUUCAGCCAAAAGCCAUUCUAAUUCCUAACACUGCAAAUAUCCAGCCCGCCUCAGGAACCACUGCUAAAACCAUUAUAUUUCAGCCACUUACAACACUGAUGUCAAAACAGCAGCCACUGAUUGCCAUUCAGCCAGCACCCCAAGCCGGACAAGUUGUACUUGCCCCGUCUGCAGUUGUUCAGCUCCCUACAUCUAGAAUUGUUGCAGCACAACCUGUCGUGGCUAUGAAUGGAGGAGCAGCGUCACUCACAGCGCCAUCUGUAAAUAUACUGCCACAGAUUGGACUUAACCAUGACAAGACAACACCAGUGAAAUCUUUUAUUCAUUCAUCAGUUCGAACUCCUGAAUGUGAAACAGAUAUGAAUGUUAUACGGAGGCAGCAAAGAAUGAUCAAAAAUCGCGAAUCUGCCUUCCAGUCUAGAAGAAAAAAGAAGGAAUAUAUGCAGGGUUUGGAACUGCGCCUGAGAGCAGCCUUAUCUGAGAAUGAGAGGCUUAAGAAAGAAAAUGGCUCUUUGCAAAAGCUGCUGGAGGAAGUUGUAUCAGAGAAUCAGAAACUUAAAGUGACUGCUCCAAAGAGGAGAGCUGUCUGCCUGAUGAUGGUGGCUGUAUUUUUAAUGCUGAAUUUCAACCCACUUAGCGUUUUAGAAUCCACUUCUGGAGAAUUUGACAUGGAGGUCAGGACAGUUAACCAUAAUAGACGCCUGCUUGAGUUUUCACCUGGUGAAGUCCAUAUGAAAAACAAGGAUAUCCCACAAAGUGAUUUCAGUUCUGGACAUUUCAUGUCAGCUGAAAAGGCACUGAUGAUUGUGAAAGAGGAGCCAUUACUCUACAUUCCUGCUUCUCCUCCUUGUCGGCCUCAAAUCAACCAAACAGAAACCCUUAGGUUAAACCAAGAGCUUCGAGGCUGGGUCCACAGACAUGAAGCGGAGAGAACAAAGACUAGGCGGACAAUCAGUACCCAUAAAGCUCAAGCAACACAGAAGCAAGAUGGCAAAGGUGAUGCAUCGCAACUUGUGACAAUGCAAUACACAGAUACAAGCUUAAAGAACUCAAAUGAGCUGCAGAUUUAUUAUUCCUCUCCAAGGAGCUACCAAGACUUUUUGGAAACCAUCCGCAGGAGGGGUGACACAUUUUAUAUUGUGUCUUUCCGUAGGGACCAUUUGCUGUUGCCAGCCACCAACCGAAAUAAGACCACCAGGCCAAAAAUGUCCAUCAUUUUGCCUUCCAUGAAUGUAAAUGAAAAUGUGAUUAAUGGUCAAGAAUAUGAAGUGAUGAUGCAAAUCGAUUGUGAAGUAAUGGACACCAGAAUUUUACAUGUUAAAUCUACAACUAUUCCUCCAUUCCUUCGAGAACAUCGAGAGAACCAAACCAAGUCAUUUUAUAGCUCUGCCUCAUCAAGCUCAGAACAAACACCAUCAGCUAAUCUCCUUUUUGGUAGCUGA